UACCUUCGCUCAUGAAGGACAUGGAGAUAGGCCAAAGGACGGUUUGCUGGACUCCUUCAAGGACAAAAUACUAACUGAAGGCGCAAACAGUGUUUUUGACUGGGUGUUUGGCGAUCUAGACGAUGCUGCUAUGCAUGCACAUGAGAUUGAAGAGCACUUUGCCUAUUUGAAAGACGGCGACAGUAAUUCCCUUUCCAGUUUGGCAUCAGCAGCCGGCAUUAAGCCUGAGUUUUUAAGUUUCAAAGCGCACGACUACGACAACAAUGACAAGAUAGACGGUCUCGAGUUGAUGGCUUUAAUUUUAAAUGAAAAAGUAGGCGGACACCAGCAAGAUGCCUUGUCGCCUGAAGCAACAGCUCAGCAGAUGCAAUUAGGAUCACAAAUCAUUGACCGACUGCUCGAUGAAGAGGACCUUAAUCGCGACGGUUUUCUCGAUUUUAACGAGUACUCUAAUGCCCGCGCUCGUCUGGCUGAAAAACACUAA